AUGAUCCACCGCGAAGUAGCCGAUGGUCUAGAGCGUCUUUGGAACGUAAGAGAAAACUGCAUAUGGGAAGCCGAUGAAAGUAGUCGCCAUGGAGAGGUUUAUAUAUUCGACCAUAUAUUUAACCAGGAAUGUACAAAUUCAGAUGUAUAUGGAUCUGUAGUAAAACCUUUAGUCGAUUCCUUCAUGGAAGGUUUCAAUGCCACAAUAUUUGCAUAUGGCCAAACAUCUUCUGGCAAAACACACACCAUUUUGGGCAAUAAAACAGAUCCUGGGCUUUUCCAAUUAGUAUCCAAUCAGUUAUUCCAGCAUGUGGCAGACCAGGUUGAUAAGAGGUACUUGAUUGGAUGCAGUUAUAUUGAAAUCUACAAUGAAAAGAUCAAUGACCUCCUGGAUAAGAGCAAUCAGGGUUUAACUAUAAGAGAAGAUAUCAAAGGAAAUGUGCUGCUUGAUGCAAGGGAAGCUGUCGUAGACAAUGUUGAUCAAGUUAUGGAGAACAUGAUGCAGGGCAAUAAGAUCAGACGAGUUGCAGCUACUCGCAUAAAUGAGAGGUCAUCUCGAUCACACACGAUUUUCCGGAUUAUUCUGGAGUCGAAAGAUGCCAAUCAGAAAGAUGGACCUGUACAUAUAAGCUACCUUAACUUAAUGGACUUAGCUGGUUCUGAGAGAGUUUCUCUGACGAAAGCUGCUGGUGAGCGUCUUAAAGAGGGGGCUAACAUAAACAAAUCUUUGUCAGUAUUAGGAAAUGUGAUAAGGCAACUAAGCGAGGGGAAGGAGUUUAUCAGUUAUCGCGAUUCGAAAUUGACUAGACUGCUCUCACAGGCUCUUGGCGGUAAUGCCAAAUCAUUGAUUAUCGGGAAUCAUGUGGCAGACCAGGUUGAUAAGAGGUACUUGAUUAGAUGCAGUUAUAUUGAAAUCUACAAUGAAAAGAUCAAUGACCUCCUGGAUAAGAGCAAUCAGGGUUUAACUAUAGAGAAGAUAUCAAAGGAAAUGUGCUGCUUGAUGCAAGGGAAGCUGUCGUAG